AUGUUACGUCUUGUACUGUUGGGCUUUUUAUUCUGUGAUGUGAAAGGGGCGCUGUUUUAUGAUUCGUACCAUGGAGUUCCUAUAACUAUUGAAGAUGUGAAACGCCAUGACAAGACUAAUACGACUUUCUGGUGCGUAACAGAGAUAGAACCAUGUGAUCCUCUAGAAGGGAGACGAGUGGAUGGGUCCUGCAACAACCUGAAGAACCCACCCAGAGGAGCCAGCCACACGCCCUUCACUAGGAUACUGCCAGCUAUUUAUGACAAAGAUUUCGAGCCAAAGAAGACACUAUCAGGCAACGAAAUGCCCCUCGCUCGUCUACUGAGAACACGACUGAUAUCAGUCGGUAAAGUGCCCAGUCAGAGGUACACGCAGCUGGCUAUUCAUGCCUUCGUCUUCUUGUCUGGUGAUGUCGUUUCUCUACAUGAUACAGUAAACUACAUUCUAUGGCGCCCAUACUGUUGUAUGGAGAAAGGUAAAUCAGACCCAUACUGCGUCCCUAACAAGAUUCCUGAAGAUGACCCGGUGCAUCGCUUCUCCGGUAUCCGUUGUUUGAACAUGACCAGACCAGAGUCUUUCCAGAGCAUUGGGUGCAUACCUAAAGGGACUACACCAGAAAGAAUAAUUUCUUCAACACCCCUCAUAGACCUUUCUGUAGUGUACGGCAAUUACAUAAAGAACUUACAAGAAAAGGGCAGGUUGUUCAAAGGAGGACUAUUGAAGUUCGAAGUGGAUAAUGGUAGGAUCUGGCCUCCCAGUAGUAAGACGACAGCUAACGUCUGUUUCUUGAACCAAAGACCUCAUGAGACUAGAUGUCAUGAUAUGCCUGAAGACGGAGGCAAUACCUUAGGUUCUAUCAACCUCAUGGCUGUCUGGUUUUGGAGAAACCACAACUUCAUCGCUACAGAGUUGGCUAAGGUCAACCCUUGUUGGAACGAUGAGAAACUAUUUGCCACUGCCAGAGAUAUAAAUAUUGCUGUUUUCAUCCAAAUGAAUUAUUAUGAGCUGCUUCCAGUGUUUUUAGGAUAUGAAAACCUAGUCAAAGAUGGUGUCAUAGUACCCAAUGGAGGUUUCAGGGAUAUUUAUAAUGAGAAAGUACUGCCUCAAGUGUCUCUGGAAUAUCCAUUCGCUUUAAGAUGGCUGCACACCGUCCAAGAAGGCUCUUUGAAGAUGUACGACAAAGACGGCCAUUACCUAAAACAGUUCCCCAUAGUGAACCUUACCUUGAGGACUGGUUUCUUCGGAGUAGACAACAAUAUGGACUAUAUUACUCAGGGCAGUUUUAGACAAGGAAGUGCUAACAUUGAUUAUAUUGCUGAUCCUGAUAUGACAGAACAGGGUCUAGGGCCUCAUCAAAGGGUGUCCGAUUUGAUGACCAAUGAUAUGGCAAAAAACCGUUACUUCGGUUUUCAACCUUAUGUCAAGUACAGAGAGGUGUGUUUCGGAAAGCCAGUCAGAAGCUUUGGUGAUCUUCGUGGAAUUAUUGAUCCUGAGAGGAUUGAAGUCCUAAGAGAAAUGUAUGAAAGAGUAGAAGACAUGGAUCUUCUAGCUGGCAUAUGGACGGAAAGACCGAUACGCGGAGGUUUUGUGCCUCCAACCUUCUACUGUCUCGUCAUUGACCAGCUAAGACGUAAUAUUAUAGCUGACAGACAUUGGUACGAAAGACCGAAUCGUCCUAAUGCUUUCAAUGCUCUACAACUGGCAGAAAUAAGGAAGAUUACAAUUGCAAGAAUUCUCUGUGAUGUCGGAGACACAGUAACAAAGAUUCAACCACGUGCAUUUUUGAAGGCUGGCAUCAACAACAAAAUUGACAGCUGCAACAAAAUUCCCCAAAUAGACUACAGAGCUUGGAAGGAUGUAUCGUGUGAACGACCUUUAUAUUGGAAUCAAUAUAAACCGAUAUAAACAUGAUAAUGUGAAACCAUAUUAUGUAAAU